UUUAUCAUCUCCCUUCACUAUUUUUUCCUUUUUUGCUUUCAAUCGAUGAAGUUUGACAAUCACAACUCGUCUGAUCUCAACCCUGAUGACUGACGGUGAAUCAUUUGUCAAUCCAUCACAUUUGAUCAGGCAAUACAUCCUUCACUCAAUAUUCAGUACAAUUAGAAUCAAUGAAAAUGGGUAAAUUAAUUAGUGCCAAAGAGAUCACGGAAAAAUAUUGCUAUGUGGGAAUUGAAUUUAAUGUCCUUUGUUUCUAAUUUUUAUCUCAUUUUUUAAUUUUUCAAUGUUUCAAGAAGUGGUAGCACCCCAUAACCCACCAUAAGAGAUGACGCAAUUAAAUUGUCUGAUAUCAUUUCAUCUUUUGGUUUUUGAACAAUGUUUCUUGUACAAUUAUUAAGAAAGGUUGGGUCAGUCCAUCCAUCCAUCCCCCAUAGCUUCCACCUCAACAGGACCCCAUAUCAGCAAUAAUACAUACCAACAAAAAGCUGAACAAAAACUUAAACUUCUUUGAUUGUCCUUGCCCUCUCCGCAUGUCACUUUUGUAUUGAAUAUUAUUCACGAACGUUCACUCUCAGCUUAUCUAUCCAACUCUUAUACUUCUCAAUUUGUGGCCGUGGAUAUUUUGCAACAAACCAUCUGUCCCAAAAAAGUUACGGGCACUGGCUUACAAGAGUUAAAAACCUUUCAACCGGCCUAUAAAUAGGCUUCCAGGGACACCAUUUCAUUUCAGACACACCAUUUCAUUUCAGACACUAGCUAGCUAGAUCACUAAGAUGGAGAAAAUGGAGGAGAGUAAUCAUAACGAAAACAAUGUUAAAAUUAGGCCCAAGGGGGGAAUGAUCACCAUGCCUUUCAUUUUCUCCAAUGAGGUCUGUGAGAAGUUGGCCGUGGUAGGAUUUAACGCUAAUAUGAUUAGCUACUUAACAACACAGCUUCAUAUGCCAUUAACCAAAGCAGCCAACACUCUCACAAACUUCGGUGGAACUGCAAGCUUAACACCACUGCUUGGGGCCUUUAUCGCUGAUGCAUACGCCGGUCGUUUCUGGACUCUAACAGUCGCUUCCAUCCUAUACCAAAUAGGGAUGACAUCUUUAACACUAUCAGCAAUACUUCCACAAUUUAGGCCACCGCCAUGUAAAGGUGAGCAAGUGUGCCAACAAGCUACGGCAGGACAAUUGGCAAUCCUAUACGGAUCUCUCUUACUAGGAGCCUUAGGGUCGGGUGGGAUCCGACCUUGUGUGGUUGCAUUUGGGGCAGACCAGUUCGAUGAAACGGAUCCAAAGCAAUCCACCAAGACAUGGAAAUAUUUCAAUUGGUACUAUUUUGUCAUGGGGGCAUCAAUCCUGGUGGCUGUGACAGUGCUUGUUUACAUUCAAGAUAACAUUGGAUGGGGAUGGGGACUUGGUAUUCCCACCAUUGCCAUGUUUCUUUCGAUCAUUGCUUUCGUCAUUGGGCACCCGCUUUACCGACACAUGGAUCCGGCAGGGAGUCCAUUUACCCGGUUGUUACAGGUAUCUGUUGCAGCUUUCAGGAAGAGGAAAUUGCCUAUGGUUUCUGAUUCGAAGCUGCUGUACCGGAAUAAAGAGCUUGACGCCUCAAUUUCUCUAGGCGGCAGGCUAGUUCACACUAAACAAAUGACAUUUCUCGACAAGGCAGCUAUUGUGACUGAAGAAGAUAGUGUAAAAUCAUCCCAAGCUCCUAAUCUAUGGAGACUAAACACUGUUCAUCGAGUCGAGGAACUGAAAUCUGUGAUCCGAAUGGGACCAAUAUGGGCAUCAGGAAUCCUCCUCAUCACAGCCUAUGCUCAGCAAGGCACAUUCUCCCUCCAACAAGCCAAAACCAUGGACAGGCACCUCACAAAGUCCUUCGAAAUCCCUGCUGGUUCCAUGUCUGUCUUCACCAUGGUCUCCAUGCUCUCCACCAUAGCCUUGUACGACCGCAUUUUAGUCCCCAUAGCCCGCAGAUUCACGGGGCUUGACCGGGGCAUCACCUUCUUGCACCGGAUGGGAAUCGGAUUUGUGAUAUCAGUAUUAGCCACUCUUGUAGCAGGCUUCAUUGAAGUGAAGCGUAAGAAAGCAGCUUUGGCUCAUGGGCUUGAAGACAAGGCUCAUGAAAUCAUCCCCAUUUCAGUUUUCUGGCUUGUGCCUCAAUACAGUCUUCAUGGAAUAGCUGAAGCAUUCAUGUCAAUUGGACAUUUAGAAUUCUUUUAUGAUCAGUCACCUGAAAGCAUGAGGAGCACUGCUGCUGCACUGUUUUGGACUGCAAUUUCAGUUGGGAAUUAUGUGAGUACGCUGCUGGUUUCUUUAGUACAUAAAUUUAGUGCAGCACCUGAUGGAUCAAAUUGGCUUCCAGAUAACAACUUAAAUAAAGGAAAAUUGGAGUACUUUUACUGGUUGCUCACUGGCUUGCAAGUUGUUAAUCUUCUUUACUACAUCUGUUGCGCUAAGCUGUAUACUUUUAAGCCGAUUCAAAUCCAUAGCAAAGACAGUGAAUCUGAAGAAGAUGGAGUAGAGCUUGCAAGCAAGGUUUAGUUUGCAUUUUCAGGGGCUAGCUAGUUGGGUAGAGAUGGCAUGGUUCUUCCUUUUGAACCUGCAUGCCUAGUGAUAGAUCUAAUUGUAUAGAAGAAGCCUAGGAGAUUUGUAAUCCGAAUUAUAUAUAAGCAUGUAAAAUACUAAAUAAUAGAAAGAAAAAUCCACCACAAGUAUUGCGAUUUGUAAUAGAUGAAAAAUAAAACUUUCGAAAACUACUUUAUGUUUUUCUUCUUCUAAUUUUGGCAUACCAUGCAAGCCCACACAUUCUUGAACCUUUCUUCAAUCUUUAAAACCUGCAAAUAAAGCCAGACCAAGAGAGACAUGAAGACGGCAGAGAAACUUUUAAUUUGUCCACACCAAGUUUCCCAACUAAUCAAUUAGAAAAAAUGUAGUGGCCCAAUA